AGGCAGAAGCCGGCGGCACGCACAUUUUGAAUUGUGUACAAACGGUCAGGUGGAUUCGGGCAGAGCGGAGACCUGCGGCUGCUCGUUUUGUCGGAUAAAAAAAACAAACUUAUUUAACGUCCUGGGAUUCAUAAUGAGGAAGAGCGAGGUGCUCGCCUCAGAGGCCGUGUCGUGCCUGAAUAAGGCGCUGUGCCGCCUGAAGGACAUCUGGGAGGAGAUCGGCAUCCCGGAGGACCAGAGGCUGCAGAGGACUGAUGUUGUCAAGAACCACAUUAAGAACCUGUUGGAUAUGAUGAUUAAAGAGGAGGAGUCGAUGAAAAAGAGGCUCCUAAGCAGCAUCCAGACGUGCAGGACAGAGAUGGAGAAACUCUGUUUGCAGCUCCAGAUUCCUGUUUUUGAGGAGGAAGAUGGCAUAAGCAUUCUCCAGCAAGAGAAGAACAUCCGCACGGAGGUGGAGGUUCUAACGAAGGAGAAGAGCCGGCGGAUGGAUCAGCUGAAAGCUCUGCUGGAGCAGGAGCAGGACCUGUGUGACAUUCUGUGCUCCCUGCCGUACGGCCUCACUCCGGAUUCGGUGCCGUCGCUGGAGCAGCUGGAGAACUUCCGCCAGCACAUCGCCAAGCAGAAUGUAGAGAAGGCAAAGCGAUACUCGGAGUUCACCGAGCUCAAGAAGCAGAUCAUUUUGCACAUGGAAGAACUGGACCACCUCCCAGAGACGAGUUUUGAGAAAGACGUCGUCUGUGAAGAUGAGGACUCCUUUUGCCUUUCCAGGGACAACAUCACGGCUCUCAAACUGCUCCUUUGUCAGCUGGAGGAACGUAAGGCAGAGAACGAGGCGACCUGCGAGAGUCACAGAGAGAAGAUCCAGCAGCUUUGGGACCGACUGCAGGUUCCCCACGAGGAGAGGGAGCUCUUCAAUGAACACAUGGUGGCAUCCAGGAAGAGGAACCUGGAGGCGCUCCAAACAGAGGUGCUGCGCUUGGAGAAGCUCCAGCUGCAAAACAUCCGAAACGUGACCGAAGCCAUCCGAUCCGAGAUCUCCGUGUUUUGGGAAAAGUGUUUUUUUAGCAUUGAUGAGCGACAGGAUUUCGCACCAUAUUUUAGUGAGGAUUUUAAUGAGGAGCUGUUGGCUCUGCAUGAUGCUGAGAUUCAGCGCCUGAAGCAGCAUUACGAGGGUCACAGGGAGCUUUAUGAGGGCGUCCAGAAGUGGGAAGAAAGUUGGAGGCUCUACCUGGAACUCGAGAAGAAAGCAACGGAUCCAACACGGUUCACUAACAGAGGAGGAAAUCUUCUUAAAGAGGAGAAACAAAGGGCAGAACUUCACAAAAACCUCCCGAAGCUUGAAAAGAAACUGAAAGCCCAGAUCGACGCGUGGGAGGGUGAGCAGGGCCGGGAGUUCCUGGUGAACGGUCAGAAGUUCCUGCAGUACGUGGCUGAACAGUGGGAGCUGCACAGGAUAGAGAAGGAAAAGGAGAAGGCUGAGAGGCACCUGAAGAAGAGCAAACAGACUGAGGAGGAUAUGCUGUAUGGAACCGCCGUGCGAACUCCAAGCAAACGUCGAUUCCUGGGCACGACGACUCCCGUUAAAUCCCGAAAGCUAAAUGCCACUUCCAGCAUGUCCAGUGGCGCCUCUAACAGCACCAUGCGCUCCGUGUUCGGCGGGACCGUCUGCCGCUCGCCUGUGCCUCGCCUUCUCCUCUCUGCAAACAAGACUCCAGCGCCACGGACACCAGGUGGCAGUAAGCCCCCCCACCCGAGGGUCCGGGGCUGCAACAAGGAGAACGAGGCCCAGUUCAAGGGGACCCCCAUGAGUGCGAGACCUGUCCAAGGCCUCCAACACCAAGAUCCAGCACGGCAUCCUGAACUCAACCAGCACCACCACCACCAGCCCCUGACUCUGCCACUCUGAGGGCAAUUUAUGCCGCAGUGCAGGUUCAGGUGUCGCCAGAGGGUCACUAGUGUUCACUGCUUCUAGCUUUUAUGGAUAAUUGAAGGUAUUUAUAUAUUGAGCACAGAGGAAGACUUUAUUGGAUACCGACGGUGCUAUCUUGGCUCGAUUUGACGCCGUCCAUUCAAAAAUGUAUCGCAAAUGAACACUACCUUGGCUGUCAGAUGUCUGACAGUUUCUAGAGAUGUAUAAAAUAUUCUGUAAAUUAAACUGCACAAUUUCUUUUUAUAUUCAAAACAAACUAACAUGGCAAUUUCUGUUAUCCAGACUGGGGUUAAACGCGCGAUGUGUUAUUAAUGUUGCACUUUUUUUUGAAAAUGCUUUUCAACUUGUAUAAUUCUAAGCUCUCACUGUUCUUUCCAAAUCAGUUUUUAUGACUCUGUAUUUGUGUACAUAUCUAUAUAUUCCUACAUCUACUGUUUCUCAACUUUUAAGCCAUUAAGAUGAUGCGGUGCAGUAAUUAAACUCACAAGGCUUCGGUAUCAUGGCUGAUUUGGAAAAAGCUUGUUGAAUUGCAAUAAAUGCAGUUUUCAGUCAA